GAGCCGGGCCGAGGCGCUGGGAGGCGGCGGCGGCGGGGCCGCCGGCUGGAUGGGAAGUUCAUGUUGACGGCGGAGUCCACCUCAGGUUUCCAAGGUGGCGACAGACAAGGUGACAGAAAAGCUGAGUUCUACUCUCUCAUGGGUGAAGAACACUGUAUCGCACACAGUCAGUCAGAUGGCCAGUCAGGUGGCAAGUCCAUCUGCCUCACUACACACCAUAUCCUCAUCCACCACACUGUCAACACCAACACAGUCACCAUCUUCCCCAUCAAAGUUGAGUCCAGACGACUUAGAACUGCUGGCUAAGCUGGAGGAACAGAACAGAUUAAUAGAAACAGACAGUAAGUCUUUAAGAUCAGUGAAUGGAUCAAGAAGAAACAGUGGCUCCUCUCUUGUAUCAAGUUCGUCAGCCUCCAGCAACCUCAGCCACCUAGAGGAAGACUCGUGGAUUCUUUGGGGAAGAAUUGUGAAUGAAUGGGAUGAUGUACGCAAGAAGAAAGAGAAGCAAGUGAAGGAGCUUGUUCGUAAAGGGAUACCCCACCACUUCAGAGCAAUAGUUUGGCAACUUUUAUGUAAUGCACAGAGUAUGCCAAUUAAGGACCAGUAUUCAGAACUCCUGAAAAUGACUUCACCUUGUGAAAAACUGAUCCGAAGGGACAUUGCUAGAACUUACCCAGAACACAACUUUUUUAAGGAAAAAGAUAGCCUUGGACAGGAGGUUUUAUUUAAUGUAAUGAAGGCGUACUCCUUAGUGGAUCGUGAGGUUGGGUACUGUCAGGGCAGUGCUUUCAUCGUUGGGUUGUUGCUUAUGCAGAUGCCAGAAGAAGAAGCUUUUUGUGUAUUUGUUAAAUUAAUGCAAGACUACAGACUUCGUGAACUAUUUAAGCCAAGUAUGGCAGAACUGGGCCUUUGUAUGUACCAGUUUGAAUGCAUGAUACAGGAGUAUCUUCCAGAGCUCUUUGUACAUUUUCAAUCUCAGAGUUUCCAUACAUCAAUGUAUGCAUCAUCCUGGUUCCUGACUAUCUUUCUUACAACUUUUCCACUACCAAUUGCAACAAGGAUAUUUGACAUCUUUAUGUCUGAGGGUUUAGAAAUAGUGUUUCGAGUAGGAUUAGCACUUCUUCAGAUGAAUCAGGCAGAGUUAAUGCAACUUGACAUGGAAGGGAUGUUACAGCACUUUCAGAAAGUCAUUCCACAUCAGUUUGAUGGUGGCCCAGAAAAAUUAAUCCAGUCAGCUUACCAAGUCAAAUACAACUCAAAAAAAAUGAAAAAACUUGAAAAAGAAUACACUACAAUAAAAACUAAAGAAAUGGAAGAGCAAGGUGAAAUUAAAAGGCUACGCACAGAAAACAGGCUUUUAAAACAGCGCAUUGAAACAUUAGAAAAAGAAAGUGCUUCCUUGGCAGAUAGAUUGAUACAGGGACAAGUGACCAGAGCCCAGGAGGCUGAGGAAAACUACCUCAUAAAACGGGAGUUGGCCACCAUCAAACAACAGACUGAUGCAGCCAGGGCUAAGCUGGAGCAGGCUGAAAGCACCAUCAGGGAGCUCCAGCACCAUCGCCACUGGCAUAAAUGCAGUUCCACCUACAACGAAGAUUUUGUGCUGCAGCUAGAGAAGGAAUUGGUCCAAGCCAGACUGAGUGAGGCUGAGUCUCAGUGUGCACUGAAGGAGAUGCAGGAUAAAGUGUUGGAUAUAGAGAAGAAGAACAACUCAUUUCCUGAUGAGAAUAAUAUUGCAAGGCUUCAGGAGGAACUCAUUGCUGUGAAGCUGAGGGAAGCCGAAGCCAUUAUGGGUUUGAAAGAACUUCGACAGCAAGUCAGAGACUUAGAAGAGCACUGGCAGCGUCACUUAGCUCGGACUUCUGGAAGAUGGAAAGACCCACCCAAGAAAAAUGCUGUGAAUGAGUUACAGGAUGAGCUAAUGAGCAUUCGCCUUAGAGAAGCGGAAACACAGGCAGAAAUAAGAGAGAUGAAGCAAAGGAUGAUGGAAAUGGAGACACAGAACCAGAUCAAUAGUAACCAGCUUCGAAGAGCAGAGCAAGAGGUGACUAGUCUGCAGGAGAAGGUGUGCUCCCUGACUGUGAAGAACAAGGGGUUGCUGGCCCAGUUAAGUGAGGCGAAGCGCAGACAGGCAGAAAUUGAAUGCAAGAACAAGGAAGAAGUCAUGGCUGUGAGACUCCGGGAAGCGGAUAGCAUAGCCGCUAUGGCUGAACUACAGCAGCACAUUGCUGAGCUUGAGAUCCAGAAAGAAGAGGGCAGGCUCCAAGGACAGCUGAACAGGUCUGACUCUCACCAGUACAUUAGGGAACUGAAGGACCAGAUAGCAGAGCUGACUCAGGAGCUCAGAUGCCUAAAAGGCCAGCGAGACUUCUCCAGCCAACCGACCUUUGAUGGAAUCCACAUUGUCAGCCAUCUGAUAACAGACGAUGAACUGUUCCACUCAUCGGAUGAAGAUUUUAUAGAUAGUUCCUUACAGGAAAGUGCCAUCGGUUUUCCUUUGCACAGAAAAUCUGGCCUAGUGUCUCUGAACCCCGCUUUGGCAGAUGGCAGUGAGAGCGAAGCAGAGGACGGUGUGCUGGGGACUCAGGAGAGUGACCCUGAGGCUCCACAGAGGUCCACACAGAGAGAGUCCUACUCCACUACCGUGUGACCGGCCUUCACUGUGACAGUGGAGUCCUGAGGGCAGCAGUGUUCCACUGAGAGGAGCCGGGGCCAUCCCUUGUCCUCUGUGUGUGUGUGUGUGUGUGUGUGUGUGUGUGUGUGUAUAUAUAUAUAUAUGUCUGUUUACAGUCUUACCUGACUGUCUUUGCCAAAUGCUCACUGAAUUUCCAUUGCUACAGUAGACUGAAGUGUGCUAAUUGGUAAAUGGGGUUCUAACAGUAUUACCGAAUAUAAAUUUUUCCUAUUUAAAAAAUACUGCUAUAUCUAAAUGUGAGAACCAUUUAAAAAUUGAGGACUAUGGGAAAUUGGAUUUUUUAAAAACAAAACUGCUCUUGUGCAAUAUUUUAUGCUCAUUGAACAAACUGUACAUUUGUGUUUAUUAAUUUGUUUCCAAGUCAGCUGUCUAUAGACAUCUGACCAGAACAUAGAUGUGAUUUAACCUGUGUUUGAGGAUAUCUAUCCCUUUCUUCACUAAAAUCCAUUUCUGUUAGUAGCCACUGGAGACUGUCACACAAACACCUUUUCUUGUAUAAUUUCUAAACACAAAGUAAUUGUUCUGAAAGUUUUUUGUUUUAGCUUCUAAGUAUUAUGUGUAGUAUACUUUGUGUGUUAGUCAGAAUGGUAGCAGGUUAACUAGUACUUGUACAUAUUAUAAAUCCGUAUCACCCAGCAUCCCCUUACAUGAGUAGCAAACAUUGACAGGGACUGCCUUCAGCAUUCUAACAGGACUUCUGUAAAUAACAAAUUAGAAGAAAACAAAAUACAAACCAGACACUACUGGCUUAGCAGCUGUAGUAACUCGCUAGCAGAUUCAUAACUGAUUGCUAUUCAAACACUAAUGGUGAAGUCCUUUACUCCAUCUUUAACUAAUAAACAUGAUUGCAGAGGUCAUAGCAAUGCUAUUUUAUGCUAAUCUAUUUAAUAUAAUUUAGCACUAGAUUAAGGUCCAAGAUGCACAGCAAAUAUAUCGGAAAAGAAUAUUGUAUGUAUUUAAAUUCUUUAGUCUCUAACCAACAGUUAAAGCCAUAAGAACCCUUUACUUUUAGUCAUUUCCUCUGUUCAGAGUUUUUCUCUAGAAAGCUGAAUGCCUGUUAGUUGUGAAUUGAGAAAGGACACUCAACCUGUGGAGAGGCUGCAGGCCAGUGUUGACUGGUUCCUCCACUCUCUUUUUUUUGUUUGCAGCCUAGAAAAAGAAAAGAGCCAUAGUGGAAAAUAGAUUUAGUACACUUAUGGAAGGACAUUCUUGCACAGAAUGUUGUGUACAUAAAGAAAAAUGUUUUACAAAAUGGAAUAGAAGAAGCAAAAGUAGUUUUCCUUCUAAGACUGUGUGAUGCCUUAUGCUGCAUGGUGGGCCGGGCUUUCCCAGCAAGACUGUGCUCGCUACGCUCUUGCUGACAGACAGGAUUGGACACAUGCCUUCUGUUUCCAGAGUACCCACUAAAUUCUCAUAUUUAGUUUACCUGUGAUCACAAGCUAGUUAUUUGAGGUAUUAAUUCAAAUCUCUCUUUUGAGGCUUUUCUUUUUUUUUUUUUUUUUUGGUUUUUUUUUUUUUUUUUGUUU